GUCGCUUCCGGGUCCUAGGCGGCACGCAGCAGUCCUGGAACAUAUUCUCAGUCUUUUAUACGUGUUUUCCACUUUACUGUCCACCAUGACAGCGGUAAAGGCCGUCAUUUCAUCUGGAAGAGAAUUAGAAUAUCAUAAUGUGUAAAAGCAGAUUAGACAAAUCCGCUGCGCACCCAGCCGCUGUAGUAGCCGCUAGCUUGCUGGGUAACGCUAGCGAGCUACCGUAGCUCACCAACCUGGAGCGGGGUGACCAUAGCAGCGGUUAGCUGCUGUUACAACCUCCGAGACGUGCAGGGAGUGAAUUCCCUGUAACUGACUUCCAGCCAGUUACCUGUAAAUUUGACCAAAGGGUGUACAAUGGAGCUUUUCCAGGCCAAAGACGAUUACAUCCUUCAAAGCGGGGACCAUGCGCUGUGGUGCAGCCGAAAAGACGGGGCCAUGGCCGUCAGACCUGCUACAGACCUGCUGUUAGCAUGGAAUCCAGUGUGUUUGGGUCUGGUAGAAGGUGUCAUUGGAAAGAUACAACUUCACACAGAUCUUCCUCUGGGCCUGGUAUUAAUCCGCCAGAAAGCACUGGUGGGCCAUUUACCGGGGAACCACAAAGUCUUCAAGAUCACCAAAAUAGCAGUGAUUCCUCUGUCUGAUGAAGAGCCUCAGGAGCUGGAACUGGAGCUUUGCAAGAAGCAUCACUUUGGAAUCGACAAACCAGAGAAGCUAGCCCAGUCACCUGAUGAGUCCAAGUUCCUGAUGAAAACUUUAAGCCAGAUCAAAUCUAAUGUGGCAGUUCCCAUCAAGAAAAAGGUUAAAGAGAAUAAGGAGAAGGAACGCCUGGAGAGGCGGCUGCUGGAUGAGCUCUACAAGAUAUUCAUGGACUCCGACUCUUUCUACUACAGUAUGACCUAUGACCUGACAAACAAUGUUCAGCGUCAGGGAGAUUCAGCCAAUUCCAGCUUACCUCUCUGGAAGCAGGUGGACGAUCGUUUUUUCUGGAAUAAACACAUGAUCCAAGACCUUAUUGACCUCCAGACUCCAGAGGUGGACUUCUGGGUGAUCCCAAUCAUCCAGGGCUUUGUUCAGGUAGAGGAACUGGUGGUGAACUACAAUGAGACAUCCGAUGAGGAGCGGAGCAGCCCUGAGACUCCCCCAAAGGAGAUCACCUGUGUUGAUGACAUCCAUCCCCGUUUCACAGUGGCACUAAUCUCCAGGCGUAGCCGCCACCGUGCAGGGAUGCGGUACAAGCGUAGAGGAGUGGAUACUGAUGGUCAUGUGGCUAACUAUGUGGAAACAGAGCAGUUGAUCCAUGUCCACAGCCACACGCUGUCCUUUGUCCAGACCCGGGGCUCUGUGCCAGUCUUCUGGAGCCAGGCAGGGUACCGCUACAAUCCCCGGCCCCGUAUUGAGAAAGGAGAGAAGGAGACCAUUAAGUACUUUGCUGCACACUUUGAACAACAGCUUCAGCUCUACAAGAAGCAGGUCAUUGUUAACUUAGUGGACCAAGGUGGACGGGAGAAGAUCAUUGGCGAUGCAUAUCUAAAGCAAGUCCUGCUUUACAACAACCCGAACCUCACAUAUGUUUCAUUUGACUUCCACGAGCACUGCCGAGGCAUGAAGUUUGAAAAUGUACAAAUCCUGACAGAUGCCAUCUCUGACAUCAUUACUGACAUGAAGUGGGCCUGGGUGGACCAGGCAGGAGUCAUCUGCAAGCAGGAGGGCAUCUUCCGAGUAAACUGCAUGGACUGUCUAGACAGGACCAAUGUGGUCCAGGCUGCUAUUGCACGUGUGGUGAUGGAACAGCAGUUGAAGAAGCUUGGUGUGAUGCCUCCAGAGCAGCCUCUGCCUCUCAAAUGCUACAGGAUUUAUCAGAUCAUGUGGGCCAACAAUGGAGACACCAUCAGCAGACAGUAUGCCGGCACCGCAGCACUCAAGGGAGAUUUCACCAGGACAGGGGAGAGAAAACUGGCUGGUGUGAUGAAGGACGGUGUGAACUCAGCCAACCGCUACUAUCUGAACCGUUUCAGGGAUGCUUACAGACAAGCAGUAAUUGACCUGAUGAUGGGCAUCCCAGUGACAGAGGACCUGUACUCCAUCUUUAGUAAGGAGAAGGAACAUGAGGAGAAAGAGAAAGAAAGCCAGAGAGGUGCACAGGAGCAGGUCAGCCUCCUGCUGCAGACCUACAUGCAGCUUUUGCUGCCUGAUGAUGAGAAGUUUCAUGGAGGUUGGGCUCUCAUCAAUUGUGACAUGAGCAUUAUUGAUGCAUCAAACAAAGACGUGGAUGUGUUGCUCCUUCUGUCUGACAAAGCCUAUUACAUCGCUUUCUAUGAUGAAGAAGCUGAUAAAGUCAACCAAUACCAGCGCCUCAAUUUAGAGGGUUUGGAAAAGAUUGAGAUUGGUCCAGAGCCUACACUGUUUGGGAAGCCCAAGUUCUGCUGCAUGCGUUUGCAUUACAGGAGUGAAGAGACAAGUGGAUAUUUCCACACACUCAGAGCAACGACACGAAACCCUGAGGAUGAUGGAAAAGACACAUUACAAUGCAUAGCUGAGAUGCUCCGCAUCACUAAACAGUCCCUGGGUUCGGACUUACUGGUGGUUGAGAAGAAGCUGGAAAGGCGGCAGUGUAAACCACCAGAGGAUUUGAUGGCCAUUCAGAACAAACCUGCUGACCAGGGAAGCUCUGGUCUGGCACAGGGCAAAAGUUUUCUCCUGAACAAAUUCUCCUCUCUCAAUCAAAAAGUGAAACAGACCAAGACAAAUGUAAACAUGGGCUCGUUUAAGCCGCUUGGGAGAUUAGGCACCUUCUCUAAACCAGAUGUUAAAGUCAAUUUCCUUAAGCCUACUAUGCAUGUCAACCUUUGGAAGUCUGACAGCAGCCUGGAGACAUCAGAAAACAACCCUGCAACAGUAUGCAUGAAAGAUAUUGGAGAUGACAACUCCGAUAUCUCUGACGACUCUGACUCUUACAUUUCUGAUCCAGAGCAGCCGUGCUCUAGUUCUCUAGAAAACAUGGACUAUGUGCUGCCCAGUUGUGGCAUUGUAGCAUCAAAUCCACGGCUGGGUAGUAGGUCCCAGUCUGUUGCUAGUGUGGAGCUAAAUAUUCCCACCAUGAUUCGGGUCACUGAGUGUGAUGAGACCCAGAAGAGCCCAUGUCAGGCAAGUAACGAGUCACCAGGGGCUGCCUCAGUGGCGGAAGAAGCCAUUCUUAUUGACUUUGGUACUCCCAUUGAUGCCUACUGUCACCAGUUUGUCCACGAUGCACAGACCAAACCUGUUGAGGUGUUUGGAGAGCAACCACUACCUGCUGCUGCUCCUCUCAACCUUGCGGUGCCUGUGCAGAAUAAGAUCCCUGCAGACUCAGACAAGCCGUCAAGCUCAGAGCAGCAUCAGCAGGAGGAGCCCCAGCUCCUCAGGCCAUCCCAGCUGGAUGUUGAAUGCACUACUUCUGGUUUCAACCUCCUCACUGUCCAAAAACCCACUUCUGUGGCCUCGGGGGGUUCUCAGAGGAGUCUGAGUUCACAGAUGGAAGGCAGCCAAGGCCCCUCACCUGCUGACAGCAAUGGCAGCAGAGUAGUCUCCCCAUUUGCCAAGAUCAAGAGCUCAAUGGUCCAGGUGGCAAGCCUCACCCAAGCUGGACUAACACAAGGCAUCAACUUUGCUGUGGCAAAAGUACAGAAGAGCCCAGAGCCAGAAUCUGUCAAUGAAGCCCAAGAAAGUGAGCUGAAGGCAAUGUUUACACAGUGCCAGACCAGGAUUAUUCAGAUCUAGUGCUUUCUGAAGUAGCCGAGUUGUUUUUGUGUAGAAACUUCCUGUUUGGUAGCAGUAGCAAAAGCUUGCACCUAGUGUCACUACUUGGCCAACAAAUCCACUCUUUAAAUUACCCCUUGAUUAAACUAGUCGAUGUUGUUGGCAUCUCUUGUACAAUUUUUACAGAUAUAUAUUUUAGGUCAACAUGAGGGCGACUAUGUUUACAUGCACAUGAUUCUGGAUGCCUGGUCAGUUUUUAUACAAAGGAAGUCUGCAUCAUUUUUACCAUGCAACUUAAAAAAUAAUGGAUUACAAUGUUGGGUGGUCUCUUUUAUAAUUUUAGUCAUUUAUAAUUCUGUAACACAAUAACUUAGAAUGAAGAUAUCCCUGCCCUUCAGAAAAUGCAAUAAUACUGCUGAUGCAGCAGAACCAAUGCUGGAAUAGCAUUAGGUUAAGUAUUUAGGGAAUGUUUAAUCAUUUCAGAGUUAAAAAUGUGUUCAGCUGCAGGACAAGAAAUCUGCAGAUGAAAGAGCAAAAGGUCUGCACACUGUUCAGCUUUCAUUGAGUAACUUUAGGGAUGAACAAUAUUAUCUGCAUAAUAGCGACUGCUGGUUUAGCUGAUUAUAGCUUAAAAAGUAAAAUGAUCCCCAUCAGCACAGACAAAGUUACCCGUAUAUUGGCUGAAAAUAUUCCAGAAGGGAAAUUAAAGUUUUAAAGUAACUCACUUGAAAACAAAAAAUACAUGAUUAUAAAAGGCUGACCAGAAUGCAUUUCUGCAUUUUUAACUUCAUGCUAACAUUUAAUGGCUAUGGCCAUUAAUGGGCUAACAAAUUUAGCAUUUCUUGGUGCUAAUUUAACUUCAAAAACGGUUUGAUGGGCAAUGUCGAGAUAAAUAGGUUGUUCAGUGAAUAAUUUACAUUCAGUAAAAUGGUUUUAUUUUGGAGACAUGGCAGUUCUUAGCACCAAGGUUAUUACAGUUAACUAAAACUAACUAAAACUGUAUUGUGUGCUCACAAAACUAAAAUGAAAUAGCUUUUGCAACAAAAUCUCCUUAGUUUUAGUCUUUGACACUAACAUACUGACUGACAUGAAUACCAAAGCCUGGAGAGGGUAAAAUCACUGGAUUUGAUUGAAGAUAACUUCAUACAUUGGUAAUUUUAGGUCUUCUUUGGUAUACAAACAUUGAAAUUAAAAAAUUACUUUGAAAAGCCUUUUCGAGUUUUGCCCUUGGUAGGUAUUCCAUAUUGCCGAAAAAGCUAAAACCAACACUGAAACUAAUAAAAGUAAACUAAAACGAUGCUUUUUUUGCAAAAUAAAAGCUAAACAAAAAAAAAAAAAAAAAAAAAACAUCAGUAAGAACUACUUAAAAGUAAACUGAAAUUUGAAAUAAAAAGUAAAAACUAAAUAAAAAUGAAAGCUGUUGAAAAUCCAAAACUGUUAUAACCUUGCUUAGCAUUGCCUGACUACUGCUUUCUUUUUGUUGUUUAAUGGUGGUUAGCAACGGCUUCGUUUGCUCUAUAACCACUAUCUGAUAUCAGAUAGUUUUAAAUAAAAUAAAAAUUACAUGAAUCUUGAUGUUGUCUUUUGUAAAUAAAGGUAUCAUUGGGAGCUGAACAGCUGUUCUGCAGUGAAUUUGAACACUCAGAUCCUUAAAGGUCACAUAUUUUACCCUUUAAAGACAAGUUUUUAUUGAUCUCAGUGGUCCCCAAAACAUGCCUGUGAAGUUUGUUUCUUUAAAAACCCUGCAUGUCUAAAAGCCCCUCUGUUUCAGC